AUGAGUAAGCCUGACGGAAGCUAUAAUAAAGCUGGUGGUAGAAAGCGUGGUAGAAAUGAAUUGAGAACAAUUAGAAGAUCAUCUAAGAGAAAAGAAAUUGAUGAAAAUUUGGAGAAUAAUGAAGCUGUUGAAGAUCAUGGUUCUGAGAGUAAGUUAGAUGAUAAAGUAGAUAAUGAUGAUGAUACAGAAGCAGCCCAAGAAAUGGAUGAAGAGGAAAAGAAGGGAAAAGUUUACGAUGCCCUUUUGACUAUUUUGAAAACAGAACAUCCAGAAUUGAAAAAGAAAUCUACUAAGAAGCAAAAGUUGGCUAAAGAGAAGUCAAAUUUUGAUUCUAUAACUGAAAAUAAGAAUAAUGAGGAAGAUGAAGAAGAAGACGAGGAAGCUUUGAUUGAUAAUGGGCUCGAUAGAAAUGCCGAUGAUGAAGAUAAGGAUGAUCAAGAAAACGAUGAUGCCGAAAGUGACGAUGAGAAGGAUGAGUUUGAAAUGCAUUUUAAUCAAUAUCCAGCUGAGUUGAUUGAUUCGUUAGAUGCCGCAUACAAAAAUGGAGAAACAACAUCUAAAUCAGUUAAACAGUCAGUAGGAGAUGAUGAAAGCAGUAUUUUCUCUAGAACAAUCCCACAAAUUAUGGUUGAUGAAGAAAAAAUAGAUACUAUAAGUAAGAAAAUGUCAUUGCAGUCUUAUUUCAUAAAGAAAAGAUUACAGAUUCAGAAUGAUUUGUUAGAUGAUACUAAAAGUAAUUUAACAGAUAUACAAAAACAGUUGGUAGAUCCAAUGUUUCAAUAUAAGGACAUUUUGUAUGAAUAUGGUUCAUAUGGGAAGGAUGAAGAUGAAUACAGAGAAUUGUAUUGUUUACAUGUUCUGAACCAUAUUUAUAAAACAAGAGAUAGAAUCCUGAAGGAUAAUCAAAAGAUUCAAAAUGAUAAUGAUGCAGAGUACCUAGAUCAAGGUUUCACCAGACCAAAAGUCCUAAUUGUUGUACCAACAAGAGAUACAGGUUACCAAGUUGUUAACAAGCUUAUUAACAAGUCUGGAAUUGAGCAAGUCGAUAAGAAAGGGAAAUUCCGUGACCAAUUCUUUGAAGACAGUCUUCCACCUUCAUCUAAACCUAAAACUUUCCAGCAGAUUUUCAAAGGUAAUACUAACGACUUCUUCGUUCUUGGGAUGAAGUUUACAAGAAAGGCCAUAAAAUUAUACAGUAAUUUCUAUCAAUCAGACAUUAUAGUUUGUUCUCCAUUAGGGUUACAGAUGAUUGUUGAGAAUACAGAUAAGAAAAAGAGACAAGAUGACUUUUUAUCAUCUAUCGAAGUUACAAUUGUGGAUCAAUUUAAUGUUAUUGAAUUUCAAAAUGUUUCUCAUUUGUAUACCAUUUUUGACCAUUUGAAUACUAUCCCAAAAGAACAGCACGAUUCCGAUUUUAGUAGAAUUAGAAUGUGGUACAUUAAUGAUCAAGCCAAGAUGUUUAGACAAACAAUGUUGUUUACAAAAUAUAUAUCACCCAACUCUAAUUCCAUUAUAAACCAUGUUUGUAAGAAUUGGAGCGGUAGAUGGAAAAAUCACAAGAGAGUAGAGCCAAGUGAAUCUAGUGUAGGUCAAUUGGGUAUUAGAGUUAAACAAAUAUUCCAAAGAUUCAAUGUACUAGGUGGUCAUAUUUCAGAAGAACCUGACUACAGAUUCAGACAUUUCUGUAGUGUCAUUGUUCCAAGUAUUACUAAAUCGACUGGUUACGAGGAUGGUAUCUUGAUUUACAUCCCAGAUUACACUGAUUAUCUAAGAGUCAGUAAUUACUUGAGGGAAAAGACGUCUAUUCUAUUUGGAGAAAUUAAUGAAUACUCAUCUCAAAAGAAACUGAAUGCUAAUAGAUCUUUGUUCCAACAAGGACGUGUAAAAGUACUUUUAUAUACUGAAAGAUUACACCACUUUAGAAGAUAUGAACUUAAGGGCGUUAAGAGUGUACUGUUCUAUCAACCACCGACAAACCCAGAAUUUUACACCGAGGUUGUAAGAUAUAUCGGUAAGAGUGCUUUCUUAGGUACGACAGAUUUGAACAUUUCCACCGUGAGGUGUCUGUAUUCAAAGACGGAUGGUCUCGCGCUUGAAAGAGUGGUUGGAACUAAAAGAGCAGCAGUAUUAACUAGAGGUCAAAAUGAAACAUAUGAAUUCAAGUAA